AUGGACGGCAACGUCAAUUCGGACGACGCUGAAGACGCCGGCUGGAAUUGUAGCGUUCAUCCGAGCGUUUUUUUCCUAUUAGGUACUCUAGUUUUAACGACCUGCGCGACCGGAAUGCUGUGCGCUGCCAUAAUGACCGACCACUGGGAAGAAGUCACCUGGGACAUGGACAAACUUGAGUACUUAGCCAACAGUACCGUCAGGUUGCAAUGGUUGCUUGAUAGAACCGUAGCCCGGGUUUCAACCAACGACAUCCGGGACAGGACGAUAGCUUUUCUGGUGCCGAUGCAUGGCGGUAUUUGGACACUAUGUCUCAGUUUAACUGAAGAAGAAAUCGAUCUUUUAGGCCGCGUGGGAUUCCCAUCAGUACAACCUUGCAUCAAUUACUUGUCUGGAGCUUCUGAAGGGUUUAGAGGCUACGAACUUAGGGCAGAUUGGCAACAUCGAAUGCAAAAUCUAUCAAUAUCCUGCGCCCUUGUAUGUCUCAUAAUCCUAGGCAGCGCCGCUUUGGUGGGCGCUUUUGGGGUGUUCCAGCACCAAAUCAGUGCAGUCUUAGUCACAGGCGUCAUGUAUUUGCUAGCAGCAUCAUUUGCCCUAUUCACUCUAACAAUCAUCCACUUCAAACGUCUGCACAUCAAGCCUCACGCAGAAAUCCACGAAGGCACAGUAGAUGGGGUGGUGAGCCCCAUGGGUGGCCGAGGGGUGGGCCUUUUGUUGCCCGCCCGCACUUUCACCACUUCUUGGUCUUUGGAUUUGGGUUGGGGCGGCGUGAUGCUGUGCGUUAUGACGUCGGUGUUGUGGAUUUUGCUCAGCAAAAUUAUGCGUUUUAAUCCGAUUUCGAGCAUGAUCAAUUGA